ACCCGUCGCUCGUCCUUCACCCACAAGUCACCACCAGACCCUACAGCCAUGAACUGCGGCAAGAUAGCGCGGGCCUUCCGGACGGUCUCCGACUUUGAGAUCAAGAACCCGCUCGCACGACAAUGUAUCGCUGAAUUCUUCGGCACCUUACUGUUAACCCUGAUCGGCGACUGCGUUCUUGCCGUCAUCAUCCUUUCCGGUGCUGGAACCGUAGGCCUCGCUGCCGCACCACUCGGCUGGGGCCUCGCUGUUUUCGUCGGAGUGCUCGUCACCGGUUCGGCUUCAGGCGGACAUCUUAACCCUGCUGUGACGCUCGGCUUAACGAGCGUGGGCAAGUUUUCCGUGGUUAAAGCGCUUGCCUACAUCAUGGCCCAGUUCUUCGGGGGAUUUGUGGCCGCAGCUUUGGUCUACGCUGUCUACUACGAAGCCAUCGUGGAGUUCGACGCUGGGAAGAGAACCAUGUAUGGCGUGCAUGCCACAGCGUCCAUUUUCUCCUGCUUCCCAGCGCCAGGUAUCAAACCAGAGACCUGUAUCCUAGACCAGCUGGUCAGUACGGCUAUCCUGCUUAUCGCAAUCUGUGCUGCUACCGAUAGGAACAACGGACUGGCGAAAGGUGAGCAGAUCACGUACAUUGCCUUGUCCGUUACGGCAACCAUGUACGCGUUCGGCUUUAACUGUGGGAACCCUCUGAAUCCUGCCCGGGACUUUGCGCCUCGAGUACUCAUGGCUGUGGCCGGUUGGGGCAACGAUGUGUUCAUGUACAAUGGCCGGUGCUGGUUUUGGGUGCCAAUCGUGGCGCCUAUUCUCGGAGGAGUGGUCGGCUGCUGGAUCUACAAGCUGCUCAUACAGAACCAUUUUCCGUGGAUGGCGGCCGUUCAACGAAGCAGGAGUCCCUCCGAAGAAACCCGUUGCUUGGUGUCUGAGCAAGCUGAGAGUUAAGUUUUAACGUUGUUGUUGUUGCUCGUGUAACCUUUCGCAUUUGCUCUAUUGGUGGCGAAAGGUUCUAAAUAUGUUGAAAUAAAGUUUUAAUAUAUUUUGCCA